AGCGUUUUCCACUGCCGACCACGUGACGUGUAGCGUCAUGAAUGUAGUCACGUCCAAUGCGGAAGUGAAUGAUAAUCGAGCAUUCGCCCAACGAUUCUAACGAAACCGACUUACUGUCCGCGUCCGAAGAGGAAUUUACAGAGCCCUCAUCAUGCUUGGUGGAGGGUUCAAAUCCGAGAGACUGCGUGUCAAUCUCAGGCUUGUCAUAAACCGCCUCAAACUUCUUGAGAAGAAGAAAACUGAAUUGGCCCAGAAGGCUCGCAAGGAAAUUGCAGACUACUUGUCAGCGGGGAAAGAUGAGCGAGCGAGGAUCCGGGUCGAGCACAUCAUCCGGGAGGAUUAUUUGGUGGAGGCGAUGGAGAUCCUGGAGUUAUACUGUGAUUUGCUGCUCACCAGAUUUGGGUUAAUACAGUCCAUGAAGGAACUGGACCCUGGUCUGCAAGAAGCCGUUUCCACACUCAUCUGGGCGUCUCCUCGACUGCAGUCAGAAGUGGCGGAGCUGAAGACUGUUUCAGAUCAGCUGUGUGCCAAAUACAGCAAAGAGUAUGGAAAGCUAUGUAGGACAAACCAGAUUGGAACAGUUAAUGAUAGGCUCAUGCACAAGCUGAGCGUGGAAGCCCCUCCCAAGAUCUUGGUGGAGCGUUACCUCAUUGAGAUCGCCAAAAACUACAACGUUCCCUAUGAACCGGAUGCCAUGGUUCGGCCAGAGGUGUGCCCGGGGGAAGAGGCCGAUCUGAUCGAUGUGAACAGUGACUUCAGAAAGCCAGGAGGAGGAGCUGGAGGAGGAGGAGGAGGAGGAGGAGGGUUUACUGCUCCUGCUGUUGGCAUGCCGAUGCCCAUGCCCACAGCUUUCAACUACCCAACGCCCAAAGGAGCUGAGGCUUUUAAUGGUCCCGUUGGCACCUAUGAUGGCUUUAGCAACUUCCAGGCUCCAGCGAGAGGAGGGCUGCCUCCACAACUGCCCAGCUGCCCCCCCACCUAUGAGUCUAUCGAUGAUUUGUCAAUCAAACCCUUUGAUUCUUCCCAGAUCAUCCCAGGCCCGACCCCCUCUGGUCAGAUCUAUGACAACUCGAACCUUCCCGAACUCCCGUCUGUUCCCAACACACUCCCGGCCUCGUCCUUCGGAGGGAACGCCAGCGCAUCGGAAGACAUCGACUUCGACGACCUGUCACGACGCUUCGAGGAGCUCAAGAAGAAGACCUAAACACUCGAAGCACACCCAUG